UCUCGCCAAGUCUCGCGGAAAAUUGUAUAGCCCUAUUAUCCAGACACUAUUUUAAGUAUUUCAAAGGUUGACACAUUCUGUAAGUAGACAUAUUGCCAUAACAUGUUUUAGGGAGUUGUCUUAGUGUAAAGAACUCUGAAGUAUUUGUUCAUCUCUGCGGAAUCAUGCCGGGAACAUCAUCAUAGAGAUUAAGAGGGAGUUGUCCUAUUGUAUAGAACUCUGAAGUAUUUGGUCAUCUCUGCGGAACCAUGCCGGGAACAUCACCUUAGAGAUUAAAAGAGUUUAGUCUGUGCGAGGAGUGUAGUAGAACAAAGUUAUCCGUGAUGGAGAAUCCUACCACAGAAGAAGAGAACGAGUUGAAGGAAGUUCUCACCAAAGCUGAAUUGCCACAUUUUCUGACAGUCUUUAAGUCCAGUGGAGUAACGUUUGAACUUCUGCCCAAAUUAACCCACGAAGACCUCAAAAGCAUUGGGAUGAAUCUGCUGGUGGAUAGGAUCAAUUUGUUCAAAGCAGUGACAGAUCAUGAAGGAAAUGUAUCGAAAGGUUGCACACCUUCCCCACUGUCAGAAUUGGAAAGCAAUUUUCUGCGUGCCACCCACCUAGCCUACGCCAUUAUACCAAGGGCUAUACGGAUUUUCUUUGAUUCCCGGCAUCCUCCAAUAAACCUGAUUAAACAGCUUGAUUCCAAAGAAGGAGAAUUAAAGUCAUGCAAAGCAGUGUAUCAGGAAAAUUACCCAAUACUUUUUUCGUCAGACGGUUGUACCAUGGUCAAAUCUGAGAACUUCGACUUGACCCUUUUAAUGGCUCUUCUGAGAAAUUUCACGAAAAUUAAAGAACCUGUCACAACGUGGAAUAAGAUGCCAAAACAAGCUGACACGAGUGAGGGAGCUGAUUUAGUCAGGAUACGAUUUCAUCGGAAUGCAUUGGCACACAAUACCAAUGCCACCUUAUCAAACAAAGAAUUCCACGAUAUGUGGAACGAAUUGAAAGAUAAUUCAGGAGGGUGGUGAUGGUGGUGGUGAUUGAUUGAUUGUUUUUACGACUUGUCGAGAAGUUUUCACUCAUCUUGAGACACCAACAUAUUUAGGUGAAGUACCGCAAAUUUAGACAUAUGCAUAACCUCGGGCCCAGUUUCAUAAAACUUUCCUAAGAUAUAUCUUAAGAUAUGUCGUAAGAUAUUCUUAAGUUCUAACUUACGAAUUUCCUAAGAAUAUCUACAACUGUUUCACGAAACGUUCAUAAGAAAUCUCUUUUCCUAAGAUAUAUCUUAAAUCAGUGUUUUCAGAUUUUGCAUUUACAGUUUAAAUACCGGUAGUGAAUGAACGGCUUGUGUAAAUUAAUCAUUGAAAAAGAUAAUUGAUAGAAAACCUUAAUAGAAAUUCAACACAUUUCCAAUAACCGACGGUCUGUCAUGUUUCAAUGAUUUUAUUGUUCAACUCACUAUCCAAUUCAACGAAUAAAUCGAGCCACACAACCCAUGCCGUGCUCGAAAUGUAAACAUGACGCAGUCAGAAAGAAAUCCUAAUAUCUCAACGGCAGAAAUAGAUUUAACUGAGGAGGUAGAAUAAAGAAAAGAAGUGUUAUUUCCAAACAGAACUCCAGCGUUACAAAUUCAGCUAAACAAAUACAAUGGGAAGAAAUUACAGCAAACGUAAACGCAGUUAAUAUCUCCCAUGAAAGGACAGUUGAUGAGCUAAAAAGAAUGUAGUUUUCCCGCGUUUCGAAGAAUAGCGGGAAAACGUUGUAUGAUAGGAACGUGUUCGAAUGCCUAUGCGUAGUAAUACAAGGCGUGGCCAUAGGAAGGCCUAUAUAAAGUGUCGAUAUCAUGAGUAAGGUCAUUCUAAGCCAGUCUCACCAAGUGCACGUAGCACAAUUUUUUAUUAUUAUAUUUAAUUAUGGAUAAGGUCCGAUAUUCACCCUUAGACGUUACAUACAUGUAACACUUGCUUUCGGACACAGGUUUCCAUAGGUUUUUUUUUCAAAUAUUUUAUCUAUGGUUUUUGCUGGGCGGUUUUUAACGUCAAUGAUGGGGGUUUCUUGACAUUUUGUUAUUUGAUUCAGUACUUGCAUAAAUCUUGUUCACGUCAGUUAACAUGCAGUAAAUUUGUUGUAAAGUUAUUAAACGUCGGCUGCCCGACAAGCUUGCCUGACUUACACCAAAGUUGUGUUUGGUUGUCUUGUAUGCAAAAGGAUUGCAUUCACAGAAGUGUAUAUUAUACAUGGAGCUGCUUAACGAGCGAUACGAAAAGGAAUAUAGCGUUGAAUAGACGAGAACAACGAAAAACUGGCGAUGACCCCCUGCCCAGAGAAGUAGAAAUCACUCCAAUAGAGGACAAGCUAUAAUUGGAAACACGUGCGUUUCUGGGAUUUCGGGUGGGGUUGAUACUCGAGAUAAGGAACCUUCAAGUUCCACUAAGCCCUCUACAUCUCCUUCUGGCAUCUUGAUGCAGUUAGGGAUCAUGUUUGAAAGUAAAGAAGAAACGUCUCUAACUAUUCUGGAAACGUUGGACUUACUGAUGCCGUGAAGAGCAGCAGUCACCAAAUGGAAAUUCCCCGUGGCAUAAAACCUGAGGGCAGCCAUGACUUGUAACGAUGUUGGCAAUGAUUGGGACCUACGAGUGGGUCUUUUUUAAAUCGUUUUCCAUCAUUUGGCAUAAGUCGAUGAUCAAAUGAAGUGGUAGUUUAAAUUUUAAAACAAUCUCCAUGUCUUUCAUAUAAUCUAAAGGAUUGUUUCCAUCUCUGAACUGCCUUUCUCGUCUAAGUUGACGACGACACAGCAAAAUAAAGGCCGCCGCCAUAUUUAGUUUGAACUUAAGACACCUACUUACCUUUCGUAAAGUUACGACAGAACUUAUGAAAAUCCUAAGAUACGACACUUUUUGUGAAACGGAUAAGGAAUGAACUUAGGAAAAAUUUAUGUCUUAAGUUAGAUCUUAGUCGUAAUUUAGUUUUGUGAAACUGGCCCCAGGGCCGUAGCAGUGAGGAUUCUUUAUCGUGCCAACACCAGGGGGGGGGGGGUAGGAUAGUAGCAUAUCCCAAACUUAUUAUUUGAAUCAUGGGGAGAACAUAUGGAUUCACUUCAUAAAUUACAUUCGUACCAUUCACUUAUGCCGCCAUAAAAAGUCAGAUGGGGGCUUGGUGGUUGUGUCACGAAAUAUAUAUUUAUUUGUAUAUAUAUAUAAUCGAAAAUUAUGGUUGUUAAAAUGGGGACCAGUCCCCCCCCCUCCCUCAUUCUACGUGCAUGUCUCAGAAGUAUCAAUAUUUCCAUUUACGGAUUAGCAAUGCUGAAGUCGCAGUUCAUUCCAAUAUGGUGCCCAAUAUUUGUAAAAAUAAAUCAUGACAUAAUAACUUUCAUUAGCUGGUAUGUUUUCAUUUUUUGACCCCAUUUUUAUUGAUGAUUUCCGACAAUUUAGUCAUUUUUCUUUACCGAUCGGCGAUUGACUUUCAUAAACUUGAGAACAUUUUUUUAUGUAUGGACACCAACAUUUUAAAAAAGGACUUCCAAAUUCAUACCAAUCACAAGCUUAAAUAGCCUUUUAGCCUUUGUAUGUUACUUUUACGGUAAAAGGAACACAAACCACUUAUCUGUAGCAAAAAUUUCUUCACUUCGAUUAUACUUGCAUAGAAUCAACGUCCAUUUUAAUAGGCUAUGCACUUACACAAAAGUUAGUGUAUUUACGUUAACUACGAUAAACCGGAAAUGAUCAUGCCUAAACAAAGUAUGACGUAAUAGUGACUAAAUGCAGAAUAAACACAGACAUGGAAGAACUCGAAAAUCCCCUAUUGCAUAUUGUGCUAUAUAACUCUGUCACGUGCAGUACAUCCUGUAAUGUUUACAAAUGAAUUGUACUUUUACAUGUUUAAUACAGAGUUUUAAAAGUUUACUUAUCAUUCACUGUAUGUAUAUAUCAUUGAUAAGCCGUUCGUUAAACUCUGAAUAUGACUGCGAACUACUCCUUUUACCCGAUAAAGCGGUAGGGCUUACGGCAAGCUUGACCAGUAACAGGGAAUAUUUACUCCUCUUGGCACUUGAUCUCAAAUCAGGUAUAUCUAGGGGUCUGUGUUUGCCCAACUCUCUAUUUUGUAGUCCUUAUAGGAGUUAUAAGAUUGAUCAUUCUUCGUUAUCUUCACCUUUUCAUAAAUAACGUAAGAAUUUGGAAGAUUUGCUCACUUUUUACUAUUUGAAGAAUCUGUGUACAACAGAUGUUCAAAUAGGCUCCUGGUGAUUGCGGAUUAGCAGCUAAUUGAUAAACUGUUAAAACUGAUAAAUCAUAUAUCUCGUUCGACACCACCGAAAUCUUACACAUAAAAAGGAAUCUGAGGUGCUUGGCUAUUCGUGGAGCAUUCUCUUUUUAUCUUCCAAACCCGAAUAUACAUGUAUUUUGUUUCGUUUGUGUUUUGUGAAUACUUGAUUUAGAGUGUAUCGUGUUAUCUAUUUAUUUUUCUGCUUUUAGUUUAGAAACUUAAUUCAAAUAUCAAAGCAGAAAAUAUGUUUUUUCGGACUGUAAAAUUUAAUUUUAGUUACUUGUAAACCGCCACAGUAGUCUAGAGAUAAAGCGUUCGUCCUGCACGCAUGAGGUUGGGGUUCGAAUUAGUUACUUGUAAUAUCUUAAUUCUUGUAUUUCAAUUGAUUGUAUUUUGCUUACCGUCCCUCUCACGAAUUCUUCACUCAUAUGGAGACGUCACCAAUACCAUUGAAGGGCUUCAAAUUUAGGCCUAUGCUCGGCACUUACGCAGCAUUGAGCAGUGAGUUUUUUUCUAGCGUGCCCCAUUUAUCGGGAUUCGAACCCCGACCUUCAGCAUGCAGAACGCUCUACCUCUAGAACACCGCGGCGGUCUUUGUAUUUUGAACAUAUUCCUAUAUAUUAUACUGUAAAACGAAUAAGAAUAUCAUGUAUGAUAUAUAUUUUUCUUCUUUUAGUAGGAGUGGGGCUGGAGAUAGCACCCCAAUUGAAUUAAUCUAUUUUGAUGAUAUUUUCUCUUUUUGUCAAGUUUAUGGAGCUAAUUAAAACUCCUGUAGCUCUUUUGAUAAAUCGGGAAUCGUGUGGGACUAAUGCUUUUUUUUUUAAUUCAAAGAAUAAAUGUCUGGUU